AAUUGAAAGGUAAAAUUUUAACAUGUAGUUGACAAAAUCAAUUAAUUAUGUCUGGAAUUUCCACUUUUAAAUCCUUGUAACAUGAUUCUUCUUGGGACUUUUGUACUUGGUAUUCUUGUUGGCUGUUUUAUCGAACGCCGUCGUUUGGGCCUGACUUCCUGGUCUUGCCAAAAGUGUGACUACGUCCUGCCCAAGUGUCAGAGAUCCUGUGUCGUCCUGCCUACGUGUAAUAGGUCCUGUAGCAAGCCUCGGAGAAGUCGCUCUCGAAGACGCUCUCCUUAUCCACGCUAUCACUCCAGGCGCCGCUCUCCCUUGUGUCCAAGAGGUUGUACUCCUUGUCCUCCUAGGAGGAGUAGAUCGCUCUUCUCAAGAACUUGCUACACAACUGACACAGACACUUGUAUACCAACUGCCAAUAUUCCUACAGUCAGAAUUAGAAGUCCGAUAUCCCGUUCCGUAACGCCGCCCAGAGACUUUGACAUGCGUCCGCCGAGGAUAUAUCCUACAAGCCCUGCAAGACCAAGGCCAGUACCCAGACCUAGAAUGAGGCCGAGGUCAAGGCCCAGGCGGCGAAGGGUGAGGCCACACAGCAGUAUCUUGCCUCCAGUGCGGCCCGCCUCAGGCAAUGUCGAGGUCACGACAAUAGUGGGCGGCAACCCACCCCCGCCCCCGGGUAAGCGCUGGACGGACGGGAUGCUGUACCGGAGGCCAGGAGGUACCAGGCCUGCACUUAGAGCUCCCGUCAGAUCACUCAGGCAGGCUCUUAGAGGCUGAAUGUGUGCUAUUAUAUUUAGUUAGUAUUUAAAUAUAUAAUUACAAUCCUUUC